GCGCGACCCUCGAGACUCCGUGCGGUGCAGAGUGUGUAGGGAGGCGAUACUUGGGCUCUACUGUCUGUGUCAGAGGCGCGAGAUGUCCAGCAGGCCCAUCCUGAGCCGGCCGCGGCGCACCAAGGUGUACGACUGCAACUACGACAUGGGCGAGCGCUACUACCGGCCCGUGGUGGACGGCCUGGACCGCAAGUACGGCGGCGGCGGCGGCGCCUCGCUGCUGGACGGUGAGCUGUUCGCGCCGGCGCCGCGACGCUCGCUGCUGCGCGAGGCCAGCCCGCCGCGGGCGAGGCGCCCGGCCUCGGCGCUGCUCGACGAGCACGACGCCGUGUUCGAUAGCCGCGGGCGCGCGCUGGGUCCUCUCGGCGACGACGCCGACCGAGAGUUCGACGCGUCGCUGAAGCGCAUCAAGGACUCGCGCGCCGCUUCCCGGGCCGCCUUCCGCGAGGAGGUGGAGUCCGUCACGCGCGACAGCUUCGCGGACAAGAUGCUGGGCAGCGUGGGGCUGCGGGCGGCCGCCGACGAGGACUCCGUCCUGAAGAGGCGCGUGCUCAAGGUCUCGACGGAGGAGGAGCUGGAGGCGCCGUCGCUGACCAAGUGGUCGGCGCUGAAGACGGCGCGGCGCGAAGCGGAUGACCUCGGAGGCGCGGCGGAGGCGCGCGCCAGGAAGUCGCGGGCGCGCCUCGCCGACCUGGACGCCGAGAUGGAGGACAUGGCGGAGCGGUCCGCGGCGCGCGACAAGCGCUCCGCCGACCUGCGCGCCUUCAUGGCCGAGGCGGAGGCCGUCGGCUCGCGGCAGGAGGCCGGCAGCACCGUCCGGGUGCGCGCCGUCAAGACGGAGAAGAAGGUCACCUUCUGAGGCCUCGCCUCGCCCGCUCUAGUCGACGAUGACGUGCCUCUCGCCGCGAGUCGUCCAUGUUCGGCUCCAAGCGUCACUUUUAACUGUCAUAUUUGUAACUUGUGCACGUCUCAUUCUUCUUGCGAUGCCACGUGAACCUCCGAGGUGUGACGAGGAAGGUCCAAACAGUGUUUUCUGAAUCUGCUUCCCGUAGUUACAGGCACUUCAUAGUGUUUGAUGAGCGACUGCGUCUAUCAACAUCCAUACAAAUUUUCUUUGCAAGUCAUUUUCUGGAUUUUUUUGGUCCGGAGGCAGAUAUAGGAAAAGUCGAUAAAACCAUUAAAUUUGUCUAUCAACCUCUGUAAGCAUAUAGCCGCCAAGAAAGAACUCUCAUGACUUAUUUCUUCCAAAAUGCCAACUUUUUCCAAAACAGCCACGGAUACAUAGCAAUGGAUUUACUUUACUCUUGUCGGGUUUGACCAAAUCUUUGGACGUAUAAUUUUUAUAACCCUCGCUAAAUGAGUUGGAUCUUCUUUUUGAUUAUGUUUCAAUGUUAUUGUGCGAUAGAAUACCAACUUUAAAGAUGAUCCUGCAAUACAAGAAAAACUUGCCCAAUUUGGGCUUAACAUAAGCUUGUUUGGCUCUGAGAUACAGAAUAAAUGCUAGAAAUAUUAUAAAAAGGAGUCCAAUAUUACAUUAGCAGGCUGAUGUGUGCCCCUACGAGAAUGGUCGCGCGCUCUCUCUCUAGAGAUAUGGAUUCUGGAUCAGGGAUGGUGGGAGGAUAUAAUGGUGUAAAAGGGCGAGGCAACUAUGCAAAGAGAGCAGUUCCCUGCUCCAUGAUUCAGAACGCCUCACCUUGGCCCUGCAGCUAUUCCAGUAGCUCGCACGUGAGUCCAUCUGGCGACUGUGUCAGCUGGACCAAUAGAGCUGCAGAGAAAUUCGGGACGAUAGAAUUGUAUGCCCUUGGAAAGGGUACCUUUAAUACAUUUGGUGGCGGUAGUAGCUGGGUAGAAACUGGAAAGGUACCCUUUCCGAUUUCUUAAAAUGAAUAUCUCUUUCUGCUUUAAAAUCGUGAACGUUAUCCCCUCUGGAAACAUAUUCCAAAAAGGCUGCCAGACAAGUAAUGUAUCGAUACAAGCACCUAGUUCCUCAGUUUCAUACUAGGUAGCGCUGGCACGGAUUGUCCACAGAAUACCUUAGCAAAAUAGCCGCCUAUUCAGCGUAACAUUUUAAAUUGUCUUCUCUUUUGUCUUUCGUUCUGCAUGUAAACUCUACUUCGAUCAGAAUAUAUUAUCAGAAGAAAAUUCUUAUCCAGUGUAUUGUCUGUGUUAGUGCACCAUACUUACCUAACCUAACCUAACCUAACCUAACCUAACCUAACAUAACAUAACCUGACCUAAGAACCCAGCUACACUAUCACCACCAAAAGUAUGAAAGGAACCCUUUCCAAGGGGAUACAAUUCAGCCCCCCCCCCCCCCUCGAGAAAUUCUUCUUGUACCACAAACGAGCCGCUUGAUUCGUGGUGACAGUGGCUCUUUGCCUUUGUGCCUUACUUACUUGUCUGUAAUUAGUAGCUGAAUAGUUAUUAAACUACAUGUGUUGCAAACCUGUAAAUAUUUCUCAUAUUUUACCAGCAAGCGUUUAACGAUGAAAAUACCUGCUUGUUUGAGCCCUAUGUAUUGCAAUACAUGCAGUAAUUGCGUCUAGAUAUUUACAUUAGGCCUAAGCGAUUUUUUUAUUCAGGAAGAGAGAUUGGGUGGUCUCUAUGAUUAAAUAUUUGGAAUCGAUUAAGACAAAAUAUAAAACUACUUAAGUUUUCUUGUCAUAAAAUAUAUACAGUAAAAUUUCUCUAGACCAAAAUUAUUUAAACCUUUCUAAUCAGUCCUUAUCGAUAUGGCAUUUAAAAUAAGUAAUUUAAAUCUGUAACUCAAGAAUUUCAGUAGAGUUGUAAAACAUUUUGACAAUUAAAUUACCUCAUUAUUUAUAAUUUCGUGAACAAACGUCAUGGAUAUCAGAGGCAAAAUAUUAAAGUUGUGAUGUAUAGUUUUAAUUUUUAAAGUUCUUUUUCGUAGUCACUUUGUACAUACAUGUUCAUACUUGUAUAUAUCUUUAAUAAGGUAUUUUAAUUUAUAAAUGGUUAUGUAGUUACGUAUUCAGUAGUAAGUUUAUUGUGUAAUAAGUAUAUUUGAAUCUAAUAUAAUACAGGCGAAGCAGGUUAGUUUGUAAAAAAAGGUUAUAUGACAAUAUAUUUUCAUAAAAACUCAACAUUAUGAAGAACGUUUCUGAACAGUGUGUGAUGUAGGCCUCAAAAAAUUUCAUUUAUAUGCAGUAUUUAGCAUAUGCCCCAAAUAUUAUAUUUGGUGCUAAAUUUUGUUCAACCUAUUUAUUUUUUCUUAAUAUGUUUGCUAGAGAAUGUGCCUACGUGUAUGUUACAGAUUGUAUAAAAGUUGUUGGUCACAAGUUUCAGUAAAUAAAUCGACUGCAAAAAAUAUUGGUUCAGCGAUUGCAAAUAGUGAUAAUUUAAUGUAUGUUCCAGAUUAGAAUGCAUUUGUUUCCACCGGAUAACGAUUUUCUUGAAAAAAAAUAAAUAUUUAUCUGCUAAUGCAGAUGAGAAUGUAGGUGACUCCACUGACUAUAAAAUGGACUAAAAAUAUAA